AUGAGUGACGUAAAGGAACUUAUCAAACAAAGGGGACAUAUUAAGGCUCGUGUAACAUUGUUUGAAAAAUAUUUAAAACCUUUGUUAGAGUGUAAAGAAAUUAGUUUAGUACAGGUGAAUGAAUUGCGCUUGCGCUUAAGCAAGAUACGUGAUUUAUCAUGCACUUUUGAUGAUAUUCAAUCGCAGAUUGAAAUGUUGGAUGAAGAUACGUCAAAACAAAUGCAAGAACGCGAAUUUAAUGAAAAUAUAUUUUUUCGUUUAUCAGCCGAAGCUCAGUCAUUAAUCGAUUUUUUCGAAAAUAAAAAUAAAUUAGAAUCUUCAUCUAACAAAAGUCGUCCGAACUGUCAUUUAAAAUUGCCCCCAAUUAAAAUCACUCCCUUUAAUGGUGAGGCGAACAAAUGGUUGUCAUUCAGGGAUACAUAUGUGUCGUUAGUACAUAACAAUGAAACGAUUGACGACGUUAACAGGUUUCACUACCUCAAGACGUACUUGGAAGGGCCGGCUAGCGCUGUCAUAAACUCAGUCAGUGUCUCAUCCGAUAACUAUAGCCUCGCAUGGAAAUUGUUAUGCGAGAGAUAUGAUAACAAACGUCUUUUGAUAAAUGAACACAUAAAGUGCUUGUUUUCUAUCGAAUCCUUAACUAAGGAAUCCCACAGUGGUUUACGUAACCUUAUCGAUACAUUAUCGAAAAACCUAAACGCCUUACAUAUUUUAGGUGAACUGACGGACAAAUGGGAUACGUUAAUUAUUUUUUUAGCUUCUGCCAAAUUAGACAGUGUUACUUCUCGGAAGUGGGAGGAAUAUAGAAGUAAUAAAGACGCGCCCACACUGGACGAUUUUUAUGAUUUUCUUCGAAAGCGUUCUAUGGUAUUAGAAACAAUGAAUGUUAAUAAACCCAGUAAAGUUGAUAAACGCCUUAGUUUCUCCAACACAAAAUCAUUCCUUAGUUCUUCUAUAGAAUCACCAUCACCCUCCGCGCAGUGUCUUCUCUGUAAACAGAAUCAUAAAUUAUACGAGUGUAACACGUUUAAGUCACUACCAGUCUCUAAUCGAAUUAAUAAACUUAAAUUACUAAAUCAAUCAUUUAAAAUUCAAGAACAAAGUGAUAAUAAUAGUAAAAACUUACCUACGCUAUCACCUGCCGCCACGGUCGCUACCGAUUCCGAAGUGCCGAGUAGCUCUGCUUCGGUUUCCAUGACUGCAAUUUCUACCAAUCAAUCACUUCUCUCUACUGCUUUAGUCAAGGUGACGAGUAACGGUAAAACAUGCAUAUUAAGAGCUUUACUAGAUUGUGGCAGUCAGUCUUCUUUUGUGACUGUCAGGGCUCUAAGGGAAACAGGUUCGCAACAUUUUGAUUCUGAUUACCAUAGCGUAUCAGGUAUAGGAAGUAGUGUCUUCAAUGUCACAAAACAUUGCUAUUUAGAUAUAGGGUCGUUAAACAGUUCGUUAGUUAUGCGUGUUAAAUGUUUUGUGUUACCUCACAUCACUGAUAGAUUACCCAAUGUUGCAGUAAACGUACAACAUUUGGACAUUCCGUGUCAUGUCCAACUUGCCGAUCCAAAGUUCUUUGAACCUUCCGAUAUUGAUCUUUUAUUGGGUGCUGAUGUAUUUUGGGACUUGUUGGAAUCAAGCAGGAUAAAUUUAGGACCUCAAGGCCCAAUCUUGCAGGAAACGAAGCUGGGAUGGAUUGUAGCGGGUCCAACUGCUAUUCAUAGUAACAGUAAGAAUCGUAAAUCAUUUUGUCAUUUUUCAUUGGAUAAAGCCAGCAGCUUCGUAAAUUCUGGGAACUCGAAGAGGUGCCUUCUAAUGUCGAGUCUCUUACCGAUGAUUAUUGCGAAAAAUUAUUUAAAAAUACUACUUAUCGAGAUGCUCACGGUAGAUUUUGUGUUCAAAUUCCUCUUAAAGAAUCUACUCAGUGCUUGGCAUUUGGAUGCUACUUGCCCCAUCAAGCUGUCAUUCGAGAGUCUAGCGAGACUACUAAGCUUCGUGUCGUAUUCGAUGCCUCUUCAAAGACAUCUUCUGGUGUCUCGUUCAAUGAUGUACAAUAUAUCGGACCUGUAG